CAAAUUUCAGAUUCUGAGUAUGUCCAUCUCUCCCUUGAUGACCCACUCAGUCAGAGAUGAAAUUAAUAACAAACUAACAACGUUUCAUUCAUCUUAAGAUCAAAUUUUAUGACUUGGUGUAUCAAAUUUUAAUAUCUUAACCUGAAAAAGAAAAAAAAAAAGGGAAAAAAGAAAGAAAAUUGACAUCAAGAAAUGGCGUCACUAAAUCAAAUAGCCUCACAUUCAUCACUCAGUAGUAAAACAACUGCUAGUUUAAACCCCAGUUUAUUCUGUUCUUCUACCAUGCCGAAUUCCAGUUCUAACAAUUACUCAGGAAUCACUGUUUUUCGAUCAUCAUCUCGUAAGAAAUUUUCUUCGUUAAAAUUUUUUGCUGCUGCUACAAAACAAGCAAAAUCACCAGCUGAAGAAGAGUGGAAAAUUAAACGUGAAGUUCUAUUAAGCAAAAGGGUAAGGAGUGUAGAUGUGAAAGAAGCUUCUCGGUUAACAAAUGAGAACAAUUUUGUUCUUCUCGAUGUCCGCCCUGAAGCAGAGUUCAAAGAGGCUCAUGCACCAGGUGCAGUUAAUGUACAAAUAUAUAGGCUUAUAAAGGAAUGGACGGCAUGGGAUAUUGCUCGGCGAGCUGCAUUUGCGUUCUUUGGCAUUUUUGCUGGCACGGAAGAAAAUCCUGAGUUUCUACAACUUGUGGAAUCAAAACUAGAUAAAAACUCAAAAAUAAUAGUUGCUUGCUCUUCCGGUGGAACCAUGAAACCAACACAAAAUCUCCCUCAAGGCCAACAGUCCAGGUCUUUGAUUGCUGCCUACUUGCUUGUGCUCAAUGGAUACACGAAUGUUUUUCACCUAGAAGGCGGGCUUUAUUCAUGGUUCAAAGAAGACUUACCUUCAGUUGUGGAAGAAGAAGAAUGAAGAAGCUUCUAAUUUCCAUACUUAGAUGUAGAUACGAAGGAUGCAGCUACUUUUAGCCUGAAUGACGAUCUUUUAAGCCUGCGCAACCUUCAUCUCUCCCUACUGGUAAAAAUCAUUAUUUGGAGUGGUCGGUUAUCUUAAUUUAAUUCUACAUUAAUGAAUAUAUGAUGUGGUUUCCUACUGUAACCUUUUGAGAAUGUUAAAAUGAGACGGUUACUUACAUGUUUAUAUUCAGAUGUACAAUAGGGUUAUUCUGUUCAAAUUGGGCAAAUCGGAGUGAGUUGAGGAGAGAGAGAAUCUGCAAAUCGGUGAUUAACUCAGUCAUUAAUUCGGCAGAGCUUCAUCGUUUUUAGUGAAUUUUUCUUCAUUAAUUCAUGUUUGUUUCAUUCAA